AUGGCCUUCUUGUUCAAAUCCAAGAAAAACCAGCAAAGUGCUGGUGUACCCCCAGGGGCGAGAAACAUCAACGCCUCCGACGCUCCCGCGGCGAAUCCCCCCGCCACAGUCCCUAAUGCGCCCAAGGAACGGGAGGCCGGAGCCGCCCAGACACCCACCCCCAGCAGCAGCUACAAUAAUUCCCUGAACUCGAUCAAUAGCGCAGGCAGUCCCGAGUAUCAACGGUCACGGCAACGGGCGGAAUCGGAGUCGCAGGUAGGUAGACCCCUGGAUUCGCCCUCGACACCGUCCCUGACGCAUGGUGAGCAGUCCCAACGACAGCCUCAGACGGGUAGCGCCAGUAACUCGCCCAACACCAGCCCCGGAACCUCGCUCUAUCCAUGGUCGCAGCGCCGUUUGAACUUCUCUUCCCCCCAGGCCAACCCCUUCCCUCGCUAUGGCGCCGCCAUCAAUGCCGUCUCGUCGAAAGAAGGGGAUAUCUAUAUGAUGGGUGGGUUGAUCGAUGGCUCGACCGUCAAGGGUGACCUCUGGAUGAUGGAGAGUAGCGGCGGGAAUCUGUCGUGUUUCCCAAUCGCUACGGUCGCGGAUGGUCCCGGUCCGCGCGUGGGCCAUGCAAGUCUGCUGGUCGGGAAUGCCUUCAUCGUAUUUGGCGGUGAUACCAAGGUGGAUGAGAACGAUGCGCUGGAUGAUACCCUCUACCUCCUUAAUACUUCUUCCCGGCAAUGGUCCCGUUCCAUCCCUCCCAGUCCCCGCCCCUCAGGCCGCUAUGGCCACACGUUGAACAUUCUUGGUUCCAAAAUCUAUGUCUUUGGUGGACAGGUGGAGGGCUUCUUCUUCAACGACUUGGUCGCCUUUGACCUCAACCAACUCCAGAAUCCGACGAAUACAUGGGAAUUCCUGAUUCGGAACAGCCACGAGGGCGGACCCCCGCCUGGCCAGAUCCCGCCCGCCCGGACGAACCAUACGAUCGUCGGUUUCAACGAUAAAUUAUACCUCUUCGGAGGAACGAACGGCGUCCAGUGGUUCAACGACGUCUGGUGCUACGACCCCCGUGCGAAUCAAUGGACCCAAUUAGAUUGCGUUGGUUUCAUCCCGACUCCCCGGGAGGGCCAUGCGGCGGCCCUCGUGAACGACGUGAUGUAUAUUUUCGGCGGUCGUACCGACGAGGGCCUGGAUUUGGGGGAUCUGGCCGCGUUUCGCAUUUCCACGCGACGGUGGUACUCGUUCCAGAACAUGGGCCCGGCCCCAUCGCCGAGGUCCGGACACAGCAUGACCGCCUUUGGGAAGCACAUCAUCGUGGUCGCGGGUGAACCGAGCUCGGCGCCCAGGGAUCCCGUCGAACUCAGCAUGGCAUACAUCCUCGAUACGUCCAAGAUUCGCUACCCGGCAGAGGCCCCGGCGGGCGAGCGGGGAGCGGCCGUGGGUCCCCGGAAGGCCAGCAGUGACCGGCCUGGUCCGCAGACCGGUCGGACAUCCCGCGAAGCGCAACACGCAGAUGCCUACCGUCGCGGACCGGGAGCGCCACGGGAGAGCAUGAUGAGCCCGACCAACAGGCCAGUCGAGUACGGCCCUGGCGCGGGCCCCGGCUCGCGUCUUCCGAGAGCGUCCAUCGCCCAGGCCCCGCAAGGGCCUCCGCCCCCCGGUCAGGCUCCGACCCCUGGCCCGCGCGCCGCCACCUCUCCGCACGCCAUGAACCCACGGAGCAAGACGCCCCCCAAGCUGGAUCGGGGAUAUGGUGGCCCACCGGUUGACACCGUCCGAGCGGUGGCGGCCGACAGAGGUCACGAUUCCCCGGGAGCCAGGGACUCGCCCAGAGACGCGAGGGCCAUGUCCGAAACCGGCUCUGCGCCCGGCGGGAACCGCACACCGACUCAGCAACAAUCUCGGAUGUCUGCCAAGGCCAUGGAGACCGGCGAGGCCGCUCCGCUCAUCAGUCAGCCCGCCCGACAGCGCUCGCUGCGACAGCGACAACGCAGCUCCCUGGACAGCGCCGACGAGUCCAUCUUGGGUCGACAUGCGAGCGUCGACGGUUCGGUCGACUCCCGCAACUACCGGAAUUCGAAAACGCUGGGAGAGGAACCCCGGUCGCCCCGGCUGACCGCGCACCAGGAAGCGCUGAUCAAGGAGCUCGAGGCCCUCAAGGGCCGCAACGCUUGGUACGCAUCGGAACUCGCGUUGGCCAAGAAAGCCGGUUACUCCCCGAACCCGUCCAGCAGUCCGGCCUUGGAUGAGCGUUCCGCCGAGAUCUUUGCGGAUGACGACCGCCCGCUGAUCGAGGCGUUCCUGGCCAUGAGGGCGGAAUUGGCCAAGAUGCAGGCCACGCGGGUCGCCGAGGUGGAGCAUCAGCGGGAUGUGGCCGUCAAUGAAGCGGCUUACUCGCGCGCGAAACUCGCCGCCCACGGCGGCAGCCAGCGCGGUACCCCCCAACCCGAUCGAAACCUUCAUGACGGCGACGAAUCCGGCACGGAGCGGGCGACCGACAAUGAGGUCAAGGCCCGGAUGGAGGUGGUCACGACCGAACUCGACCAGGAGAAGCGUGGUCGGGAAUUGGCCGAAGAGACGUGCGAGGCCACGCGGAAGCGGCUGGCCGAACUGGAGAUGAACAACAACAGCCUGGAAGCCGAGAGCCUGCGCGCCGAGCUUCACCAGGCGGAGGCGUCAUUGCGGGAGGAGUCCAUGCUCCGGUCCGAGGCCGAGUCUGCCCUGAAACAGCUCUCGCUGGAUAAGGAGGAAUUUGAGAAGAAAGCCGAGGACGCGUCGUCCCGCCUGAAGGAUCUGGGGCUCAGCCUCACCAGCCUGCGGGAGGCUGUCACCGCCUCGUCCGAGAAGUCGACCCUCCUUGAGCGACAGUUGGAUGAAGAGCGUGAGCGCCGGGAAGGCCUGGAGCGGAAGCUCCUGCAGCUGCGGUCCGAGCACGAGGAGCGGACCUCCGAGCUGGAAAACGCGAGCCGUCGGUUGCGCGAUGCGGAAGAACUCGCCGAGACGAAUGCGAGAGAGGCCGAGACCCACAAGAAUGCCUUCCUCUCCGGCCUGGAUCGUGCGUCCUCGUUCGACUCUGAAACCUCGGCGCGAUCCUUCGCCGACCAGCGGGUCGCUGUCCUGGAGGCGCAGGUGGAGCGCGCGAACCAGUUGGCGAAGAACGGCCAGGCUGCGGCCGACGACGCGGCAGAGAAACUGCGACGUGCGGAGGAGCGGAUCGCGGGGCUGGAGGCAUACCAGGAACAGGCCAGCCGCGAAGGGCUGCAACUUCGCCGGCAGCUGCAGGCGGCCAUGAAGGACAGCCAGACGCAUGCCGCGGAAAACCGGGAGAUCAAAUCCCAGCUGGAGAACCACCAACGCGAGGCCGGUGCGUUGGCCAUCCAGCACACCGUCCUCAAAGACCUCCUGGGGGAGCGUGGCGUCAACUACUCGGACAGCCGGCGCUCGCCCCGGCUGGACUCGCCUGGUUCUCGGUUCGGCACCCCCGAGCAAGGUCGCCUGCGCGAGCUGGAGCAGCAGCUGUCGUCGAGCCUGAAGGCGCACGACGACCUGAAAUCGUCCGUUGAGACCCGCGAGCAGGAGGCCGAGCGGACGUAUCGCGAGAAGCUCGAGCAGCUGGAGAACGACUACCAGUCCGCCGUCCACUACGUCAAGGGGACUGAGAAGAUGCUGAAGCGCAUGAAGGACGAGCUUUCGCGCUACAAGUCCCAGAAUGCCAAGAUCCAGUCCGAGCUGGAGGCGGCCCGGCAGGCCCCGGCUGGUGCGUCGUCUGGCGAGUUAUCUGAAUGGGAGGCCGAACGCACCAGACUCCAGGAGUCCAUGGCCGAGCUGCAACAGCGGACGAGCUCCACCAUCGACGACCUCGAGCAACAGGUGGCCGACCUCAAGAAAGAUCUGUCCGCGGCCGACACCAACAAGCAGCAGUACGAGAGCGCGCGUCAGGAGCUCGCCGCCGCGGCCGAGAAGGCGCGCGGGGAGCUGGAGCAGCUGCAGCAGGAGAACUCGCUGCUCGAGACGCGCGCGUCCGACGCCGAGCAUAAGGUCACGAUGCUCUUGGACCAGGUGGAGGCCUCGGUCGGGCACUACCGUCGCCAGUCGCACUCCGGACAGGGCACCAAUGGGAUCUCUCGCAGUCACAGCAACGCCUCGAGCAACACGAUCAGCGGCAAUGGCGGUCGAUCCCGCGCGGACAGCGCCACGUCGCACGAUCCGACCUUCCUCGACAACCGGGGGUCGAUGGCGUUGGACUCGCUGGCCAACGAGCUGGAGACGCUGCGCACCCACUGGGAGAGCACCAAUCACAACUACCGACUGAGCACGCAGUCCGAUUUCGACCGCACGCCGACCAAGGAAUCCGGGAUGAGCGACAGCCUAGCGGAAUGGCGACGACGAUUGGACGAGGGUAGCCCGUCGCCCUUCGGAUCCCGGACGCCAGGGCGACCUACUGACCCGAUGAAGGAUUUGCGUGUCGGUAACAAGUACCGUAUCGGCCGUAAGAUUGGUAGUGGUAGCUUUGGUGACAUCUACCUGGGCACCAACAUCAUCUCCGGUGAGGAGAUCGCCAUCAAGCUCGAGAGCGUCAAGGCCAAGCACCCCCAGCUCGAGUAUGAGGCCCGUGUCUACAAGUCCCUCGCCGGUGGCGUGGGUAUCCCCUUUGUCCGCUGGUUCGGCACCGAGUGUGACUACAACGCCAUGGUCAUCGAUCUCCUCGGUCCCUCGCUGGAGGAUCUCUUCAACUUCUGCAACCGCAAAUUCUCCCUCAAGACCGUCCUGCUCCUGGCCGACCAGCUGAUCUCCCGGAUCGAGUACAUCCACGCCAAAUCCUUCAUCCACCGUGACAUCAAGCCCGACAACUUCCUCAUGGGCAUCGGCAAGCGUGGCAACCAGGUCAACGUCAUCGAUUUCGGUCUGGCCAAGAAGUACCGCGACCCCAAGACGCACUUCCACAUCCCCUACCGCGAGAACAAGAACCUCACCGGUACCGCCCGUUACGCCAGUAUCAACACCCACUUGGGCGUCGAGCAGUCUCGCCGUGAUGACAUGGAGUCCCUGGGCUACGUGAUGCUCUACUUCUGCCGCGGAACCCUUCCCUGGCAGGGUCUGAAGGCUGCCACCAAGAAGCAGAAGUACGACCGUAUCAUGGAGAAGAAGAUGACCACCCCCACCGAGGUCCUCUGCCGUGGCUUCCCCAACGAGUUUUCCAUCUACCUCAACUACACCCGCUCCCUGCGCUUCGACGACAAGCCCGACUACUCCUACCUCCGCAAGAUCUUCCGCGAUCUCUUCGUCCGCGAGUCCUUCCAGUACGACUACGUUUUCGACUGGACCGUCUACAAGUACCAGAAGAACGCCGCCAUGAUCGUCGAUGCCAACAAGAAGGACAAGGAGGUCGAAGAGCAGCAGCGUCGCCAGGGCGUCGCCCCCAACGCCAUGGGCGUCUCCGGGGCCGCCGUCAAGCCCGGCGCCAUGUCCAGCCAGCGCCGCAAGGUCGUCGACCGUGGCGCCCUCGAUAACACCCCCGACACCAACCGUGCUGUGGGAGGGAGUGACCGGAUGUGA